AGCCUGUCGUGCUUCCUGCCUUUGCUGAGGGAGGGGACGGUGCUGACGGCUGGGAGGACGAAAGGAGAGACGAGAAAGCCUUUGGGAAGAUAAAAGAGAGCGGGGAACGGCCCGGGUUUCCACCGUCCGUCGGGAAAUAAACACCCCAAAUUUUCUGUAGCUGCUGGAUUUGUCACCGAAUCGGCGCUGAAAAUGUCGACCAGUCGUCAGCUUAGCGAGAGCAGGGCCAUCCCGACCAGGACGGUGUUGAUCAACGACACAACGCAGCUACCUCAUGACUAUUGUACCACCCCUGGAGGCACUUUAUUUUCUACCACUCCCGGAGGAACCCGGAUCAUCUAUGACCGUAAGUUCCUGCUGGACAGGCGUAAUUCCCCCAUAGCCCAGACUCCCCCGGCUCACCUGCCUGUCAUCCCUGGAGUGACCAGCCAACAUGUCCUGAGUGAGAACCAGAAGAAUGAAGCUAACAACCACAUCAACAACCAUGAUGGCAAACCCACAACCGGCGAUGAUGCUCAGUUUGAAAUGGACAUCUAACAGACCGAAACCACACCAGCAAAAGGAAAUGACCUGGCAUCAUGCGUGCCAGUGGCUUGGCUUGUAGAAACCAAUGUUGUGAGCCCUCAUGGCAGCCAUCUUCUUUAGCUCUUUGUCUCACUGCUGGAUGUAAUGUGUGUAAACCAUGGGGAUUCAGUAUAUCAUGCAUACAGGUACAGUGUGGCCAUCUCUGGAAACUAGGUUUAUUUAAAUCGAUUUCCGUGGCUACCAGUCGCAGUACAAAUCAACAACUACACAACAAGGGAGCGGGCCUGAAUAUUACAAACACAGACAAACUGUCCAAUUCGUAGAUUGCAGUGUUCAUCUUACAGCUUUCUGUAAGCCCUUAACAGAGCACACUGUAAAACCAACCAAACUCCAAGUUAAUUCGGGGAGGAAGUGGUUAUUAUUAGUACUGGCCUUAGAAUCAGUCGAAAGCUUUGAUAUUCAUCACAGUCUUUGGUUUUGAAGACCCUUGUAAGCAUGUUAUUUAAGUGAUUUUUUUUAUUUUUUUUCCUGUUUUGGUUUUUGGAACUACUUGAAAAGCUCCACAAUCUAUUAUCAGUUGGAUCGUUUAGGUUCCAGUGAUGGUAUGUAAAGGGAUGCUGUGUUGCUUCUGUUUUUCAGAUUAGGUGAAUAUUUCAUGCCAUUCCAAGAUUUUUAGUUUCCAUUACCAAACACAAGCCUGCGGGAGUUUCUCAAUGUUCAGGGGAAAACAUUUUUUUUAAAUGAAUUUUAGGCUGUGAUUGAACUGUUUUGUAGUCAUCAAAUGAUUGUAUUUCCCUCUGUUAUGUAAUGGUAAUUAUAAAUCUGGCAGUUUAAAGCAAGCUCUUCAUUCAUAGUUUAGUUUCAGUACAGUAUAACAAUACGAAGCCACUCGAUUUAUCAGUAUUGUGGCCUCGCUAUGAAUUUUAUUUACACAUUUCUCGUCUGCCAAGAAAUAUGACUACACUUUGAUCUAACUUGUUGUGUUGGCAGGAGCUUUGUGUACAUAAUUUGAUAAAUCUAAGGAGGAGGUAAUACUUGGCACCAUCUGCCAGGUGUUUUUAAAUAUCCAGACCAGAUGUAAGCAUUGAGAACAACAUGGAAAUAGUUUAUAUCCCAUUGUUCGUUUUUGGGGUGCGUUACAAGAAGAUUUUGAAAAGAACAAAAAACUUGAAGAAAAUCCAGAUGUUUUAUAUGCAUUUUAUUUUUUAAUACAGUUUCUUAGUAUUGAGGGUAUUUGUUUGGGUAUAAGCACUGUCAAGCCUCUGGAUUUGUCAGACGUGUUGAGGAACCAGAAAACAUUAUUUGCAUCAGGCUUGAUAGAUGCUGUCCCUAAAUCUAUAAAUCUGUCCCCAGUGUCCUUAAUCCAUUUUACAUUACCUUAUUCUUUUCACGAGUCAUGCCCGCCCAUGCCUUACUUUACAUGAAAUGCAGUAACUAAAAUAGGUUCCUUUUCAUCAAUUUGUACUUUCCAACAGAUGUUUAUUUUUUCACUGUAACAUUGAACAGGUAACAUUGUACUUGGCAAAAUAAGCGAAUUAAAUAUUUUUUUGGUUUAUUUUCGACAUUAUGUCCUUCCUCAAGCAGCUAUGAAGGUGUACAUGUCUUAGUGGGACUCUGAAGUUCAGAUGGAAACGCGGAAAGAGUACCACAUACUUAUUUUGUCCCAAUUAUUUCGAUUUUUUUUUUUUUUACACCACAAUCAUAGUCUCAUUUGCUAAUUGUACUCUUUUUGAGUAGCAGCUCUAAAUUUGGUACAUGAAUCACCAUAAAGUUCCUGUUUUUCAUUUAAGUUUGUUUCUCUGUAUGACUGGAACCACUGAAUGAUGUCUAUCAAAGACUUUUUUUUUUCUUUUUGGCUUUGUAAUUAACUCUGGCCAUGUUUGGUGACAAAUACAUCGAGGGGUUGUUUGAACCCAGUUUGCAUUGCACAUUUUUUGGCGAUAAAAGUCUUUAUACUACAGCGUCAUAAUUCAGAUGGCAGAUAUAUUUCAAAUCCGUUUGGUUUGACAAUGAGGGCUUUAACAUUAUGUGUUGGAAGAGAUUUGAAACAAACUUACUGUAACCUUCUGUUCUGAUUUUGAAUAACUUUAUUUUAAAUG